CUUGUUUCAGUCCGCCGUAUGUGCCCAACACACAGAUACUUAUGGAACACUCAGAUAAUCCACUCCAGGCACCGUUAUCAACUGGUCGACAUGAUUACCGUUCUGGUGAAUCAAUUCAAAUCGCUUGUAUCCCUGGUUACGAGGAUCUCAAGCGACAUUCGGUGAAAGCAACUUGUGUUGGUUCAACAUGGCAGCUUGACGAGUUGAAGUGUGAACGUGUAUCAUGUGCUCCACUCCGGGAUCCACCACACGGUUAUGUUGUCUACAAAACGGAUCUGCAAUACAAAGCGGAGGCGUUGUCCGCGUGUGUGGAGGGAUUUAUGGCACAGUGUGCGGGCACAGGACUACCAAAAGAAUCGGAUGCAGGUUGUCUUCGAACUUGUCAGGCGAAUGGCCAGUGGUCGGGUAGCGACGUAGUUUGCUUGCCCGUAACAUGUCCUACACUGGAUCCACCAGAGAACGGGGUACUCUCCGCAUACUCCACGGAAGUGAAUGGUGUUGUGCACAUCCACUGCAAUCAAGGCUAUGAGAUAACAGGUUCGGCGAAGAGACAGUGCCAAACGAACGGAAAAUGGGAUGGCGAGAAACCGAGAUGUAAAGAACGUGACUGCGGGCCACCACCACUAGUCACAAACGGAAAUGUUUCGUUUCACACCACAAAGUACGGAAGUAAAGCCAGAUUUGAAUGUGCUGCUGACACGACUCCCUCUGCAGCACUGACCGAGCUCAUCUGCGGAGUGGGCAACAAUGUUACUUCCUGGUUACCAAAACCAAUGCCAUCGUGUAAUCGCCAUUGCUACCUCUUCACCGUGGAUCAAGGUGAGGUGGUUUUGUUACAUGCCCCAAACACUCCUUCGCAGCGACUGAUCCCCAUAACGGCGGACGCGUAUAGUCGACUCGAUACAUUGGCCGGAGUCAGUAAUACGCCCGACGCGCAGGGAAUUAUUUUGCCAAAUGGGCGAGUGCGACAUGGAUCCCAGCUAAACGUUUCUUGCCACAGUGGAUUUGAGCUGGCCGGCUCACAACCUUCGACAACCACGUGUAUCGACGGAGUAUGGAGCUUUCGAAUCAAAUGCAUUCCUGGUUAG